GCGCAUCCCAGUGAUAGACGUUAACCUCACAGUCCACCGACGAUGUCUCUGUCCACCGUAUCCAUCAAGAGUCAUACGACUGCGUCGUCGCCGAGGCCGCAUGUGCUUUAUUCGGUGGAAGUCGAAGGAGACGGUACCGAACUAAGGGUGGUGCAGAAGCGCUAUUCUGAUUUUCUGGCCUUACACUCCUCCUUCGCCACCCAACCACCGAUCUCGCUCCCUCCAAAGCGGAUCCUCACCACGACCUUCAUUCCCUCCGCUUGGGUCGAUGACUCCCUCAUCGCAGAACGGAAAGCUGGUCUCUCGUCAUAUCUCUCUUACCUCGUCUCCUCCCCCGAAUACCGGGAUUCGUCUUCCCUUCGAAAGUUCCUCGCUGUUGGUGACGGUCAGGGCAUAGAGGGGGAAAGCCAAGACGAGAGGUUCGAUUUGGAGGAUGCGUUGCCAAGUACGAUGACGAGGAGGAAGGCACUGGAGUUGAAGGCAGAGUUGUUGAAGGUAGAUGCGAAUGGUGCGGCUAAGACCGGAGAGGGAGAAGCGAAGACGGAGGCAACGUUCAUCGCCGCCUCUUAUUAUCCUGAUUGGGCCGAAGAUACGAUCGCCCCAGAGAAUAUUGACUAUUCGAAGUUCGAUAUCCUCUUAUAUGCCUUUGCCACGCCCAACUCGUCUUCGACCCUUACCUGGGACUCCGGUUCUCAGGCUCUCCUUCAACGGCUCGUGAGCUCUGCGAAUAGCAGUGGGGCUGGGACGAAGAUCGUUCUUUCGGUCGGAGGGUGGAGUGGGUCGUAUUGGUUCAGCCAGGCGAUGUCAUCCUCCGCGAACCGUACGACGUUCAUCAAUGCGCUGUCGAGCGCUGUGAGCACUUAUGGGCUUUCCGGCAUCGACAUCGACUGGGAAUACCCCAACUCAACCGGCGCAGGCAACCCCUUCUCGUCGUCCGACUCCGCCAACCUUCUUUCCUUCUUCACUUCUCUUCGUUCCAAACUCGGUUCUUCGGCGAUCAUUUCAGCAGCAGUGACGGAUCUGCCUUGGUUGGGCUCGGACGGAAACCCGUUGACGGACGUCUCGAGUUACGCGGCGCAGAUGACUUAUGUGAACAUAAUGAACUACGACAUCUUCCAAUCGUCGAGCACACCAGGCCCAAACGCGCCCCUCGGCGACCUAUGCGGAACAUCCUCCCUCCCGAAUUACUCCGCCGAAGCUGCGUUCUCCCAAUGGACCUCUGCUGGCAUGCCCGCGUCCAAACUUCUCCUUGGGCUACCUUUAUACGGAUACGUGAGCGACAGCACGAAGACAGGUCUGACCGGGUCCUUGUUGCCUCCUUCGUCCUCUUCUGCUGCUCAAGGGAAUGGGGAUGCGAAGGUGGCGCCGAGAGGGAGGAAUGCGAGGCCGAGCCAUCCAACUAGUGGCGUCAAUGGGUCGACCGGGGCGAAGGGAGUGGAUGGGAAGGUGAAAGCACAGGAUGUGGAUCUGACGAGCUGGUACGGACAGCAGAUCCCGUUCGCCAAUAUCGUCAGUUCGGGCGCUCUGGUCCUCGGCUCGGACGGGGUGUAUGGACAGGGUGGCGGGUUCACUAUGGCCUGGGAUGACUGUAGCGAUACGCCGUUCUUAUAUGACACGUCGGAGAGCACGGUGGUCACGUACGAUGAUACGUAUUCACUUGGCGAUAAAGCCGCCUAUGCCAAGUCACAGUCGAUGGCUGGCUGUUUCACGUGGUCGAUGGAUCAGGACGAUGGAUACACCCUCCAGAAUAUCAUUCGAUCGAGCCUUGGGAAGUCAUAAUCAGCGGAGGAUAUGAUGUGUACGUUCUUGGACUGGACGCUGCUGACGAAUACCUACGAGAUGUGGCCGGCUGAGGCUCUGUUCGCCUACUUCCUCUGACUCGGUUCCAGGAUAGGACCGUUAAAUAAAUGACCGUUACGAAGCUUUCAUGACGAGUGGAUUUACUUACACGAAUGGCUCAUGGUAUGGUUGGAUUUUGUGUUACAGAGUGGAUGGACAGGUUGCAUGGGGACGUUGCGAUCUGUGUUUUCCUAUAUCACGACUCACGAUUAUGACAUCCAGCG